AUGGACACUGCUGUACCUGUCGAGGGCGUUCCCUCGCCGACCAAAAAGGCCUACAAGCCGGCCGCCGACGCGCCCGCCGUCCCCGAGGGCCCCUCCGACCUCCGAGGCUCGCUCCGCCCCCGGACCAACUGGGACGAGCUCCUGCGCGUCAAGCCUGCACAGAGCCGCAUGGCCGUCGCGCGCGGCCACACCACCACCGCCUCGUCCUCGCACCGCCGCCCUCUCGGACCCGCCGCGACCGAGCCCAUCCUCUCGUUCGCCCAGCCCUCGGUCCCGUCCUACGCCGGCUACUUCAAGUCGUCCAAGGACGCCCUCGACGAGGCGUACGCCGCCGUGCACGGCGCGCCCGUCCCGAGCGCGACGGGCAAGCGCGCAGACGAGCUGCGGCCCAUGUGGGAGACGGGCAGUGCGAGCGACGCCGCCUCGACCCGUGCAGCGAGCCUCAGGGCGGGCGACAGCGGGUUCUGGGGCGCGGCGGGCGCGGCGGCGGGACCGGUGCACGUGCAGGCGCACGCGCAGGCCGACGACGACGGCGACGGCUUCGACCUCGACGAGGCGCUCGGGCCGGCCACGGGCGGCCUCAUGAGCUUUGCCGGGUUCAGCAGCGGCGUGGCGCAGGCGCCCACCGUCAACGUCGACUCGCAGGGCUCGGGCUCGACCGCGCACGCCGUCACGCAGCGGUUCAAGCGCGCGUUCGACGGCGACGCGCCGCCGUCGGCGGCCGCGCAGGGCGAGGUCGACGACGAGGAGAUGGCGGCGACCGACGUCGAGGACGAGGGCGGCGACGAGCCGGCGCCGAUGGGCGGGUUUGGUCAGGCGAGGCGCGUCGCCGGCCUGAGGAAGGGCUGGGGCAAGACGCAGAGCCUGCCGCCGAGCGCUUUCGCCUCGAUGGACUUCUGAGCGGCGAGUCCCGCCUCGCCACCGUCCCCUCCAUGUCUCCUCCGUAGCUUCCCCUCUCGAGCAGUGCUCCUUUCGUCGCCCCGUCCCUCUUGCAGCCCUUGUCACGCUUUCCUCGUCUGUUUCCG